AUGAAGUGUCUCGCACCCACCGGUGGAACGAGUGCUGCUGCUGGCAGCGCCAUUGUCAUCAAGACGUGUGAUAUCACGGACCAGUCGCAAACCUGGACGAACAACACGAGCAGUGGAUCGACAUGGACAUGGGGACCCGACAGCACCAAGUGUCUUGAUUUGCAAGACGGUAAUCUGGUGCUGUACAACAACAAAACCGGUGCCUCUACAUGGUCGUCAGGGGCUGCAAAUCAAAACCUGUACAUCAGCAAGCUGGCAGCUCCCGCAUCGGUGUAUUCGCAGUGCAGUGCUGCGGGGAUGCCGUUCAGUGCCGCUGCAUCGACCAAUUCGGCAUUGUCACCAGGAACGGGUGGUCAGGGAACAGGGCCAUAUACAGCGACGCUUCAAAACGAUGGCAAUCUGGUCGUAUUCGACAGCGCCAAGAAGCCUCUGUGGGUCUCACAUACCGAUGGACGACCAGUUACGGCGCUCACGAUGCAAAACGACGGAAACCUGGUCAUCUACAACGGGACAAACUUGGUCUGGGCGACAAACACGACAGGCAAGUAG